UCCUUGUUCCCUCCCAAUUGAGCACUUGGCUCUUUCUUCCUCUGAGUCCAGAGGCUUUUUUAUUCUUGGCUGGCCACCAGCUGCUGCUGAUCUACGAGGCUUGAGGCAGAGGGAAAAAACUACAAACUUUCCAGAUGGCUUCCUUUUGCAAGCAACAAUUUGGCACAGAGAGGAUUCCUGAGCCAACAGAAGAGGAUUGCAUCAAUUUUGUGGCAAUGAAAUUUACUGACAACACACUUUACUUUAUAAGUGAAAAUGAUGACAAUCUGGAGUCGGAUUACUUCGGCAAACUUGAACCAAGAAUCUCCAUCAUACGGAAUUUGAAUGACCAAGUUCUCUUCGUUGACCAAGAGAAAAAGCCUCUGUUUGAGGAUAUGCCUGAUUCUGACUGUACAGAUAAUGGGCCCCAAACCACUUUUAUAAUACACAUAUAUAAAGACAGCUAUGCUAGAGGCAUGGCUGUAACCCUCUCUGUGAAGAAUAAGAAAAUUCUUACUCUCUCCUGUGAGAAUAAAAUUAUUUCCUUUAAGGAACUCGAGCCUCCUAAAGAUAUCUAUGAUACAAAAAGUGAGUUCAUAUUCUUCCAGAAAAGUGUCCCAGGACACAUAGAUAAGAUGCAAUUUGAGUCUUCAUUGUAUAAGGGACACUUUCUAGGUUGUACAAAGGAGAAAGACCUUUACAAACUUAUUUUGAAAGAAAAGGAUAACAAAGAGGAUAAAUCUGUACUUUUCAGUGUCCAAAUUCAACAAUAAAUAUUAUAAUUC